CAAGCAAAAAUCAUUUUAUAACCAGUAGUUCCAUCCUAGCUUACAUGUAAUCAUCAAUCCAUACAUGGCAGUAGUAGCAAAGCUUCAUCUCUUCUCCAACCUCCCCUCCAACCCCCCACCACAACCACAACCCACCCCCCAAUCCCACCGUCCUCCCAAACCCCCCAUCCCCAUCCCAAAAUACCCCCCACCCAAACCCAAAAAACCUCCAACCCCACCAAACCCAGCUUUCAAAACCCACCACAACCGCUCCAAAUACUACAAGCCCGUCAAACAAGGCGUGCUUGCAUCUGACGAUGGACGGACCAUCUUGAUUGGCGACUCCGGGGUGUCUUACCAGCUCCCCGGAGCUCCGUUUGAGUUCCAGUUCAGUUACUCCGAGACUCCCAAGGUUAAGCCCUUGGCGAUUCGUGAACCGGCGUUUUUGCCCUUUGCGCCGCCUACUAUGAAUAGGCCGUGGACCGGGAAGGCCCCGAUGAAGAAGGCGAAGAGGAAUGUGAGGCUUUUCGGGUCAGGCGAAGAAGAAAGUGAUGGAGUUAGGAGGAUGGAAAUGCGUGGAGGGUAUGAGGUGAAGGAGUUGUUUGGGGGUGAGCUCAGGCCCAGAAAUGAGGUUCUUGGGCGGCCGUUGAGCAAGGCCGAGGCGAGGGAGCUUAUUAAGCCGUAUUUGUCUAGUAAUCGCCAAGUUAAUCUUGGAAGAGAUGGAUUGACGCAUAAUAUGCUAGAACUUAUACAUACACAUUGGAGACGAGAGCCUAUUUGUAAAGUUCGUAGCCUUGGUGUUCCAACAGUUGAUAUGAACAAUGUUUGCCGGUGUCUUGAGGAAAAGACUGGUGGUAAAAUCAUUUUCCGCGUUGGUGGCAUAGCAUAUCUGUUUCGUGGAAGAAACUAUGAUCCUCGUAACCGACCUCGGUACCCGGUGAUGCUUUGGAAACCAGCUACACCAGUUUAUCCAAAGCUUAUACAAGAAGCUCCUGAAGGUUUAACAAAAGCUGAAGCCGAUGUAUUCCGGGAAAAAGGGAAAAAGCUUCUUCCAAUCUGUAAAUUAGCUAAGAAUGGAGUUUAUGCAACCCUAGUGAGAGAUGUGAGGAGUGCUUUUGAAGAAUGUGCUAUAGUAAAGAUUAACUGCACGGGGAUGCAUGCAAGUGAUUACAAAAAGAUUGGUGCUAAACUAAAGGAGUUGGUUCCAUGUGUGUUGUUAUCUUUUGAUGACGAACAAAUACUGAUGUGGAGGGGGCAUGAUUGGAAAUCUAUGUACAAACGUUCUCCCAAAGCUCCAAGUCCUGUCCAUGAUACAACUGCCAAUGGUAUGAACAGAUCAGAUCAAGAAUCUGGCAGUAGAAAAGUGCAGUUAAGUCCAAAGAUGAUGUCUCUGUGGAGUCGUGCAAUUGAGUCAAACCAGGCAAUGGUACUGGACGACCUUGGUCUAGGUCCUGAUGCUCUUCUAGAGAAGGUGGAGGAAUUUGAGCGCACAUCACAGGCUACAGUGCACUCUUUUCCAGCAUUAAUCUUGCCAAGCGAAGAUGUUUCUGGCAACCGAAAUGAAGGGCCUGAAGAAGAAAGCAGUUUAGAUGAUGGUGGUUAUCAGAGCUACGACAGUGAAUAUGAUGAUGACAGUGACAUUAAUGACUCAUUUGAUGGGAUGGAUUCAUCAGCUCCUCUGGGAUCAUUACCUAUUGAUCUGAUUGCAAAGCAAUUUAGUGACUCUGAAUAAGCUUCUCAGCACAUGAGUCUCAUCCUCCAAAUUAGAGUUGUACUCUACUGUAUCUAAUGUUUUAUCUGUAAAUUAAUUUAAUUUGUAGAAUAUUGUUUAUAGCAAAUUAAAUGGCCAAUGACAUUUACUA